GUGUGGCUGUCAGGUAGCCGCUAAUACCGAGGCCAGAGCACCGUCACGCCGCCCGCUGUCUGCAGAUUGACAGCACCGAGCAGGAGGAGCGGAGACGCUGCGCCCAGGACGUGGAAACCGCGGCUGCCCUUUUUUACUUCCUGGUUCUCCUGCUGCUCCUCCUCCUCCUUCUUCUUCUUCUGCUGCUGCUGCUGUGGUGGGAGGCUAGCCUCGGUGUUAGCCCGUCACUCAGCUGUUAUGAGACUCAGCCACAGCUGAAGGAACACAUCUCCCACACAGGACCAGAGGAACAGCGGCUGUCAGCGGGAGAAUGUCCCGCGGUGUCAGCGGCGCAGACCGGGAGGCCAGCAGGCCGCUGCUCGGCGGAGAUCCGCUCAAUCCAACCGGGCUGGACUCGGAUGAAGGCGAGGUCAUUUUUAACCGAGCGGCGGCGAGCGUUUCUGAUGAAGCUGGAACCAAAAGGCUGAGCUAUGAGGAGGCGGUGGAAGAAGCAGGUUUUGGUUUGUUCCACUGGCUGCUGCUGGUGGUGUGCGGCUGGGCCAACGCCAGCGAUGCCGUGGAGAUCCUGUGCGUGUCCUUCCUGCUGCCCACGGCGCGCUGCGAUCUGCUGCUGAGCUCCUCGGACAUGGGCCUGCUCACCGCCAGCAUUUUCCUCGGAAUGAUGUUUGGUGGCUACAUGUGGGGAUAUCUGGCUGACCUGAGGGGGCGGCGGAAGGUCCUGGUGGUCUCUCUGGCCAUUAACGGGCUGUUUGGGGGUCUGGCCAGCCUGGCUCCGUGGUUCUGGCUCUUCCUGCUACUGCGGUUCAUCAGCGGCGUCGGGGUUGGUGGCUCCAUCCCCGUCAUCUUCUCCUACUUCUCAGAGUUCAUGCCCCGGCUGAGGAGAGGCGCAAUGAUCAGCGCUCUCGCCACCUUCUGGAUGGCAGGAAACAUCCUGGCUGCAGGUCUGGCCUGGUUGGUGAUUCCUAGAACUUGGGCCCAUUUCGCUCUGGGGUCUUUAGACUUCCAGAGCUGGAGGCUGUUUGUGGUUCUCUGCUCCAUUCCCAGCAUCUCAUCCGCCAUCCUCUUCAAGCUCCUCAUGCCUGAGAGCCCAAAGUUCCUCAUGGAGGCUGGUCGGGAAAAAGAGGCGAUCCAUGUUUUCAAGCUGAUGUUCCAGCUGAAUAUGAAGGGAACAGAAAAGCCUUUUCCGGAAUUUGCUUUGCAUACAAACUCCAAUCAAAGAGGGGAAAUCAUAGAGAAAGGGUCUGUGGAUACAAAGAGUAUGCUCCUCAUACGCUUUUUAAAACAGGGCUUGCUUCCCAUCAAGCAUAUAUUCAGUGGUUCUAUCAGAGCCAGAAGCAUCGUCCUGCUCAUCAUCUUCUACUGCAUCUCCUUUGGGUACUACGGACUGUGGAUGUGGUUCCCUGAGCUGUUUGCUCGGAUCGAGAGCAGCGGUGGUUCUCCUUGUGCCAACGUGUCCCUCCCGUCUCCACUCAACAACCAGAGCUGUUACCCAGUCAAGACAGCAGUGUACAUGGAGGGCUUCACAAUCGCUGCCUCCAACCUGCCAGGAAACAUCUUCACCAUCCUCAUCAUGGACAGCAUAGGCGGGAAGACUCUGCUCUCCUGCAGCCUGCUUGUGUCCAGCCUGAGCGUCUUCCUCAUCUAUGUGGUUCAGACCAAAGCCCAGAGUCUGGCUCUGUCCUGCAUCUUCAGCGGCGUGUCUGUCAUUGCCUGGAACGCCUUGGACGUGGUGGGAACUGAGCUCUACCCGACCCAGCUCCGGUCCUCUGCUCUGGGCUUCUUCACCGGGGUUGGCCGAGUGGCAGCCAUCAUGGGCAACGUGGUCUUUGGAAAGCUGGUGGACUCCAACUGCACCAUGCCCAUCCUGCUGGUGUCAGCUCUGCUGCUGACGGGAGGAGUGGUGGCUCUUCUGCUCCCGCAGACUAGGCAGACGGAGCUCACCUGAUGGUCCUGCAAAGCUCCAGACUAUGAAUAAAUCCAAAGUUUCAAGA